CAAGAAAGGAAUGGCACCCCACGGCCCUUUCUCCUGUACUACUCUCUAGCUAGAAACGUCCCCAACACUGCUUCGUAUAUACCAAAGUUCGCUACAGUUACAGGCGUUUGCCACAGCAUGGUAAAGGCAAAAAAGAGUAAAAAAUCCAAGCCCCGAAAAGAGGCGGCUUCCAACAACGGUACAGUGGUCUACACUCCCAGUAGCAGUCACGUCUCCGCUGUAUCCGGUUCCUACAAGGGCACCAAGGAAGACCUCGAUGCACUCGAUUGGUUGCGGAACGUCGAAAACCGCCGGAGUCAGGGCGAGCCAGUUUUGCAGCUCGAGUAUCAGGAAGACGAUGUGCUGAUGACGACACUGCAGGACUUUUUGGAAACGUCGGCGGCGACGCACGAAGUGAUUGACGAAAUAUAUCAAAUUUGGCAGCAGACCGUCCUAUCGACCUUGCUUGCCAGCUCGGCUUUGUGGAAACAGGAAACCGUGCAAGCGAAUGAUCAGCGCGUACUGAAAGAUUGUUUGAAAACGGCGAGGUAUAAAAUUAACUUUGCACUGCAUCACGUCCUGGGAGCGAUUCUGACGUCGCCGGAACCCAAAUGGAAACGCCUACAGCCCUACGUGAUUGAUGUGUGUUGGCAAACGCUGGCGUUGUUACCACGACUGGCCGAGUCGGUACCACAUCAUCCCACGGAUCUGAGAUCUAACAUUCUGCACUUUGAGGGCAAAGAAUUCCUAGCAUCGGUCGCCUGUGAAACCUGGGACACAUUGUACGACUUCGACAUUUCCUUAGAUCCGACCCGAUUCGUACCCAUUCUACGUAAACUCGCCAUGUUGGACAUUUUAGACAAGGACUGGAACAUGCUCGGUGGGUGGGAGGACAUACUGAAAGGGUUGGAGGCGAAAUGUUUCCACGGAUCGGUGCUGCGGUUACCCUGCGAUAGUGUUCUGCACGAGCACACGACGUUGUUGCGGAACGCCCGCAACUCAAUGCAGUGCAAAUUCUUUUCCGUCCGCUUCAUGCGGUAUACCGAAGACCAGGCACCACAGCGGUGGCGAUACUUUCCCAAAUGCGCCGCCCCGGCCUGUGCGCACGUGGAAACGCCCGAAUCGCCCCAUCCGCACCGGUGUGAAAGCUGUUGGUAUUUUCAUUACUGCAGUCCGGCCUGUCAGGAAUACUGCGACGUGGUCCUGGGUCUGCAUCCAAAAUUCUGCCGUGAUACACCGGCUAAUAAGGCGGCAUCGUGUCAGCGUGAGACCGAGGCGUAUUUGGGAUGGAGCGAUCCCCAAUCCGGACAACCACUGGUGUGUCACGCCUGCGGAGUGGUACAAGAAGAGGUCAGUGGUGCCGACAGCCUCGUGGAUGCACAGUACGCCAUCGUGAGCAAUGGAAUACCGACAUCCAGUAUGAAGAGGUGUUCCAAGUGUCAAAAGGUGUAUUAUUGCAGUCGACAGUGCCAAGAAUGGGAUUGGCGUGUUGGGGGGCACAAGCGAGUUUGUCUCUUUGAGGCUGCCCAAAAGCAACAGCAGCAAAUAAAAGAGUUGAACUGAAAAGGGAAGCAUGAGAUCAGCAAUGUCGCAAUGGCUCUUACAUCAAAAACGUUCAAAGCUUUUUACUUUUCCAAAGUCUCGUAUUUGGGAGCAAGUUGGAUGCUCCUUUUGGCUAUAGCCGUAGGGAGAGGCCCAGUGAGAUAGCUAGGUUGGUAGUUUCUUGUUUCUAAGAUAGCCGAACGACACUCAUA